ACUUUCAUGGCGGCGAAUGAGGGAAUCUGAAAUCUAUUAAUCUAAUCCGUUAAAUAUGUUAGAGGUCUAACUUCGUUCUCUUAUCCUCUCAGCACUCCGCAGCCGGACACGUUUGGUUAGUGUGCACGAUAGUAGAUACCCGAUUAACUCCAUGGCUUUGCUGAGCCAGCAGUUGCAGAGGUUCCUACUGAACGGAAUCAUCUGCAGCUCCGGCUUGAAGGCUAGGAAGAAGAGCUUCAGGGAGAGAAUCCGAUCCUGUUCUGCGAUUGCCAUUGAUGCCCCGUCAUCACUGGCAGGAGCUGCGGGGAUCAGAUGGGGAUGUAGUCGGUUACAGGGUCCUCGUGAAGAGAUGGAAGACGACAUCGUCAUUCGAUCAGAUAACCUUGACGGAUUUUCUUUUGCUGCAGUGUUCGAUGGUCAUGCAGGUUUUUCAUCCGUCAAGUUCCUUAGGGAAGAGUUGUACAAAGAGUGUGUUGAGGCUUUACAAGGUGGUUUGCUGUUGACUGGGAAGGAUUUCAAUGCCAUUAAAGAAGCACUGCAGAAGGCCUUCCUAAAUGCUGAUGCAAAAUUGUUGAAUUGGCUUGAAGUGACUGGGGAGGAAGUAGACUCUGGUUCAACAGCUACAGUCAUGUUCGUUGGAAAUGAUGCACUUAUCAUUUCACAUGUCGGGGACUCUUGUGCGGUUCUAUCACGUUCUGGAAAAGCAGAGGUAUUGACCAGCUCUCAUCGACCUUAUGGGAGCAAUAAGGUUUCUCUGCAAGAAAUCAGGCGGAUCAGAGAAGCAGGUGGAUGGAUUAUAAAUGGAAGGAUUUGUGGAGACAUCUCUGUAUCCCGUGCUUUUGGUGAUCUGCGGUUCAAGACAAGGAAGAAUGAGAUGCUGGAGAAAGGAGUUGAAGAGGGCAGAUGGUCCAAAAAAUUUGUCUCUCGAGUGCAAUUCAAUGGAGACUUGGUUAUUUCUUGUCCAGAUAUUUAUCAAGUAGCUCUUGGACAAGACACAGAAUUUAUAUUAUUAGCAUCUGAUGGUUUAUGGGAUUACAUGAACAGCUCAGAUGCAAUAACAUUUGUUAGGAAUCAACUUCGGAAACAUGGUGAUGUUCAGCUAGCUUGCGAGGCACUUGUGCAAGCAGCUCUGGAUCGGCGCUCUCAAGAUAAUAUUAGCAUCGCCAUAGCAGAUUUGGGGCGGACGGAUUGGCAAAGCGUACCUCUUCAGCAACAAAAUUUUGUAUAUGAAAUAGGCCAAGCUUUUGCAACUAUUGGUAUAGUGUCUCUGGCAAUUUGGAUGUCGUCAUUUCUUUCUUUGUGAAUUUGAAUCCUUCCUGGCAAUAUACAUAAAAGUGACAUAGAUUUCCAUACAUGUCUAUAUCUUGUAAAUGUAUACGUUUUACACCUCAGCACUGCUGCAUAAAAUAAACUUCAUAUAUAAAUUAUUAUGCACAUUGUUCUCCAUCA